AUGGAGAAAUUGAUAAGAAGGUUAUCGAGAGUGGCGGAUUCUUCGCAGUACCGUAUGCUGCGGUCGGAGUCAAAAACGGCGCGGCCUCGUCGGUCGGAGUCUUUCCGAAAAGGUUCCGGCGGCGUACCGAAGGGGCACUUUCCGGUGUACGUUGGGGAGGAGAUGGAGCGAUUCGUAGUGAGUGCCGAGUUUUUGAAUCAUCCGAUUUUUGUAAAAUUGCUCAAUAGAUCGGCGCAGGAAUACGGAUACGAGCAGGAAGGCGUGCUGCGGAUCCCCUGUCACGUGUUCCUGUUUGAGCAGGUGCUCGAGGCUUUGCAAGUCGGCGGCCAGUCACGUGAUCUCCAGGAUCUCCUCGGCUCACUUUCUGAUGACAUGUACCAGUAA